UAGAAAAUUGCACUGGAGGUCUACUAAGACAGGAUGAGAAGGCGGAGUUGAAAGGCCCAGAGAAAGAUUGAUCUAGAAGGCCCAAAAGGGUGGACGGAUAUGCUGGGCUGGACGGUGAUGGGAGAGACUCUGGGUCAGCCUCCUCUUGCUAUCCCCAUCCCCACCCUCAGGAGCCCUUUGUGAUGAGGCCACAGCUCUCUGAUGCAGGCCAGGAUUUAUAAGCCAGAGUGUGCUCAAGGUGCUCAGUUGCCUAAGAGCAACAGUGCCUUUCAGAUAAUGGAGAAUUACCUCUGUCCUCUGAAAAGCUUUAGUGCUACCUGGUUGAGCUCCAGCUCCACUUCCUGGAUCCUUGAAGCCAUCGUGGGCUUCCUAUGUGGAGUGGGGCUCUUCCUCCUGUUACUCCCCUACCUCCAGAGCAAUCCACCUUUACCACCACCUGAGAAAAAUAUAAACAUCAAAAAGGCCGAAGACUGGAUUACUGAGAGUUUGGGAUCCCUGCGGGAGGACACAGCCCUCAAUAUUGGUUCAUCAGUUGCCUUCCGAGGCAGGUGUCUCUGGGCAAAGACCUCCCUUUGUGUCUGGGCCGAUCUGGCGAGCCGUGCUGAGCCCCUGAGAGCCUCUGAUCAGGGGCCAGAGCCAAGCUCUGGCCUCCGAAAGGCUUAUCUGACAGAGCACAGAGGCAUGUCCUCAAGUGGAGACAAAGAGGAGGAGGAGGAAGAACAAAAGGAAUACGGGGAAAGCCUCCUGGGAAAGCGGCCCGACGAGGGCAGCUUUCAUCAGCGGAAACGUGGAGAACCUUUUGGUCCGGUGCGCAAAAGAGCGCUUGCUGAAGCCCGUCGUCGGCAGUGCGCAGAGCCCGCGGAAAGUGCUGCUUCCGUGGUGUCCCCCUGCUCUGCCAGGGCGCCUCCGACCCAGCCCCCUCGUCAUCUGGCCUCCGCCGCUUCAGCAAAACCUCCAGAAGAUCUAUGCGACUUGAAGACCGAGGACUCUUCUGGCUGGAUAACUGAAGACUGGACAACUGACGACUCUUCUGACAGGAAGACCGCCCCAGAGAGUUAUUCAGGUAACUCGUAUGUUUUGGCGUCUUCUGUCCCAGAAAUCACAGGCCUUGGUUGCUCAAGUCGACCCAUUUCGGCCCUCUUCUGGUGGUGGGCGGCUGCCAAGGCCUUUUUGUUUCCCACCUGGAAACACUGCGAAUCCCAGCAAGAGCAUACUUCGGAACACCCAUCAAAGCCCCCUUCCUGGGGAGGUGGCACAGAUGGGAGCACAGAAGCUGGGAGUCCUUCUAUCCCUAACCCUGAUGUCCACAAGCUCCUGGAAAUAGAAAUCGCGAAGAGAGUGGAAUUGAAGCUUUCAAAAGAAAAAGAAAAGGAUGGAUCGUUUAAAAGACAUGUGAGCCCAGACUAUCACCUGAAUUCUUGGGGGACUUUAAAAUCACUCAGUCAUGAGCAGACCACCACAGUCCCCCGGCCAUACUGGAGCAAACCAGAGCAGCUGUCCAGUCCUCAGGAGCUCAUAUAUCCCAAGGCCUUGGGGGACCAUUUCCAUCAGAAAUGUAACCAGCUCUUCUGGGGCCUCCCCUCUCUGCACAGUGAAUCCCUGCUGCCUACUGCCUGGGUCUCUGGGAGCUCUUCCCCACUACAGUCUCCCCCUGUUUUAUUCAACAGAAUAUCUAGUGCCUGCCCAGUUCAAGUAUCCUCAGUGUGCUCUCAGCCCCAGCCCUUGCCCCACCCUGAGGACCAACCCCAGGCCCCACCUCUGGCCCCAGUCAUCACCCAGACCCCUCUCCUAUCCUCCUUCCAAAUCCCACCACCAGCUUCUACAGACCAGGUUACGGCCUAUGAAGUAUCUUGUCCUAGUUCCGAAACUGAAACACAAUCUCUCACCUCAACUGAAAUUCAACACCUAGAAUCACCCUUGUCGCAGAAGCAACUGAAAAGUGAGAGGGCUUUACCCUCUGUGGCCAAAGGGUCUCAGAGAGCAUUCAGUCCUUUCAGUCCCAACCUUCCCGAGGAGAGCGGGGCCUCUGAGGCCUACAAGUCAGACCCCAUCAUUCCUGGGGAUGUUCGUAGCAGAACUGAGCUCCAGGAACAAAUGGAAGAAUACAUUCAAAAGAGGCUCACCCAACACAAGCGGAGUCUGCCCAGCAGGAUCCAGGUGUCUCUGGAACGGGCAAAACUUUGGGGAGAAUUACCAAGGACAGGUCAGUCAAAGGACCAGCAUGAACCCUCGUGGCCUUCUGUGUUUAUAGGUGAACGCAGCAAGGAUGUAAAGAAGGUGGGAUCCAGCAACCAAAAAAGCUGCAAUUUCAAAUUAGGGAAGGAGUUGGGCAAGGAUCUGGGGCAAGUCCCAAAAUAUGAUAUAUCCCAAGGCUCGGAAAAAUCCCCAGUGAAGGUUCUGCAGACAAACUCUGAGAAAGAGUUAAAAAGCGAUUCGACGAGCUACAUGAGAAAUAACACGAAAAAUUACAAACCAUGGAACCCAGCUAAGAAACAGCUGGAAAAGACCCUGGAAGUCCCUGGGGGCAGAGAGUUGGGGCAGAUUACAGAGGGUCAGAGUCCUGUAUGUGUAAGCCAUUCCUGGCUUGCUGCCAACCGUACUUUGCCCAAGUCUGCUACUCAACAGGCACACCACGAGAGCACCACCCAAGAGUUCUCAUUCCUCACUCCGAGCACAUGGAAGGCCCUGGAGGCACAUAUUAAAAGAUUUGUGAGGCACAAGUGGGACCUAUCUGUUCAGGCGGGUGAGCCGAUGAAUCUCAAUUUGAGUGAGACUCAGUCAUCACCACCUUCCAUGUAUGGAUUUCACUCCUCACCCCCUCUUGAGUCCUGGAACUGCUCAAGAGCUAAGACUGCCAGUAUCCAGAGAGAAAACCCACAGGCAGGCAGGGGAGAGAAGGCUACACCCAAAAUGUCAGACCCCACCCGGACGAAUCCUCUCCGUGCCCCCUCACCUGUAUGUGAGGAAGUCCAGGUGACUCUGAGACAAACCCCACCUUCCAGGGCCAAAGAGACCAGGGAGGCAGUAGUGGCCAAAGGGUCCUAUGCACCACAGCUGCAAGAUAGAGGCAUCUCGGAAACUAGUGUGCUGGCAAAAUCCCAAACCAUAAAUGUGGAUUUGGGCGGCUUAGAGGCUCCAGGGACUAGUAAAAGCCCCUCGCCUCCUAGAAUGUCUGUUCAAGAUCCAGUACUUAGUGAAGAGAUCAAAAGGGAAUUGGAGACAGCAAACCAGCCUCAAGGCUGUCCCGCUGGCCUGCUCCUUCGGGACCAUGCCACCAAAAUGAUUCUUCAACACUGUGCCACUGAUGUGCUUCUUGUCUCGGAUAUCGUGGCUUCUCAGUCCUCUCACUCCCAUCUGAAGCGUGUGUCCAGUAGGGACAUGCCAGCAUCAAAAGUGCUACAUGAGUUCAUGGCAGCCGGAGGGAGCAGCCUGGGGCAGCAGGAUCCCAAGACCCCAAAACUUCAAGAUCCAUGGAGGAGUCAGAGCAAGAUUUCUGCCCCCAGCGAUGAGACAACGGAUGUGAGGAGGCGGAAAACAGAAGUGUGUGAAGAAGGGUUGGCAAGAUCAAGGGCCUCCCCAGCGAGUGGGAUGAGCCAGCCUGGCCAGGAUAAGCGGUCGGUAGAGUCCCUUGGCAUCACAUCCCCCCAGCUCUCAGCAGAGAAGGGACAUUCCCCUCCAGAAGGCCACUUCAAAAAAAGGAUGAGUAGCUUUAUCCAAAGCAUUUGUCCUAAUAAGAAGGGCAAAGGGCGGGGUGAUCCCCUGCAAAAAGGAAAGCCAGCUUCAGCCUCUGCCCAGAGCCAUGGACCAGUCAAAAGCAGAUCAGUUUUUAUGGACAGGGGAGCCACAGAGGCUCAGACACUUAUGACAGCUGUUGGCCUGAUCUUAACAGAGAAAUUAAGGCUUCAGCAAGAACUAUAUGCCUCAAAGUUAAAUCAGCCAACAGAGGCAAUCCAGGAAAGUCAGGACUCGGUUGGUGGGCAUGCAUCCUACCACAAGGCUCCCUCUUUCCCAGAGCACAGGAGAGAACUGAGUGGUACGGGCUGCCAUCACCAAGCCAUCCCUGAGGGCCAGAGUUCUAUCGGGAACAAAGGGACCCAUGACGGACGCACAAAUCUCUACACGAUGGUGAAAUUCAAAAUCGGUGAUCGGCCAUUGCCUUCCCAGGGGAAUGUAUCCCCAAUCAGUCCUUGCCAGCAUAUGUCAAGGCUGUGCGGUGCCUCAGGCUGUCCUCAUCAUUCAACAACAUUGUGCCAUGAGACAGGUGUCUGUUACAGUCAACCCGAAAAGGCUUCCCUAGUCUUUUCUUGUAAGAAUAUUCUGCCCAAGCAAAAAAAACCCCUUUAUUCUCAUGUUAGCACAUUCCCUAUGUGCUAA